UUGCCGCCUCUCCCAAAACCUGGCUUGUGUCUACUGCGCCAGGCCAGCCAACCGUCCUUUCGUGAUCCCCCUCGCAUUCUCUGUCCCCGUCGCACAAUCCAAGCUUCUGUGCAUAACGCCUUGCGCACCGCACACAAACACCGUUGAAGCCGCUGUCCAAUCCCAAAUGUCUUGAUCGAGUGGACUAAAUCUACGCUCAACAAUCAGUACCCUCGCGCCCAACGCUCCUUAUCCGCCACCAUCUCUGAGAAUCUAUGUUCUAGCAACCACUCAAUAUGGCUCCAGUUUCCUCCGCUGCCGAUGCUUCCUCUACCCCCCUGGCCGAUUAUUUUUUCAUAUCGGGAAUUGAGUCCUCCCAAGUCUUUGACGAGCGGGCUCAGCAAAAUGGCCUCUCUUCCCCCCUCUCAUCCCCCCCCAUCGAGGUCGACCAGACCAUUGAGGAGGAUCGCGCCCUGGAAACCGAUACCAUACGGCCGACUUCCGCUGAGGGUUUGCCCAAUGGUGAGGGUACAAAGCGAAAGUCAGCACGGCUAAGCUUUGAUCAGCGCCAGUCAAUUGUCAGCACCGUUGCUGGCUCCGAUUCCAAGCAGUCUGCCAGCAAUAGAAGCAGCAUCACUAUCAAGGGCAUUCAGGUUGGGGGCUCUGGGCUUAGUGAUGCCGACUUCGAGCAGGCUCUACGAAGAUUUGCGUCCGAGCGCGAUAGCUUUUUGGAAGAUAUCCAGUUCACUGCUGGCGUUGCCCAGCAAAAUCGCCCAGCACGACCGCGCCCGAAACCCCAGCGCAUCCAGCAUGAAGAUGUUGGAAAUCUCAGGUCUGGCGUGGGAAGUAUUCGGCGACGUCUGUCUACCAUGAGCAGCCUGAAACGGCAGCCGUCAAUGGCACGUCAAGCGUCUGUUCGAACAUCAAAGAGACUCUCUGGCUACAAUUCUGUUAUCCCAGCGCCCCAGCCCUUUAACCAAGAGCCGAACAUGCAUCCCCUCUUGCGCCGAUAUGAACCAGUGCUCUUGGAUCGAUACCCCCCAAAGAACAUGGUCGAAGAGCUGAAGCGGCGAAACCCGUUCCCCGAUUACGUCCCUAUGUUUGCUUUUCCAAACGAUGUCAAUGUAGUUUCAUCUGAUGAGCGACCAAAAACAACUUGGCAUGGGUUCGCUAUGACUAACUCGGAUAAUUCAAAGCUUUACGGGAUCUGCAUGAUCGUGUGGCUUCCGCUUAACCCUACAGCAGCCGAAGGGCUCGAACGCCAAUGCGAGGAAUGGCGGAGGACCCAUAUGAAUCCAGAAGAGAGAGAAUUGGCGAGUAGUCUAGGAGAACGCCUCGCAUUGGAGAGAGCAAAAUUAUCGCGGCUCUUGGCGAAGCUCCCUACCAUCGCUUCUGAAUCCGCAGAGCGAGAAAACCUAGAAGAGGAGAUUAGCGCUGUAGAAGAAAAGAUUGGUCUCAUGACAGAUCUCCUCCGACCGGUCAGACACGGAGCAGCGUCGAAAAUUGAGGGACUUACGGAUGGAGAAACUGGUCUUUGGAUUCCCCGCGCUUAUGGAGUAAUGGGCCGUGACGCAAGCCUCACGAGCUUCUGGAAGGAGUGGUUGAAAGCUGUUGUCGUUCCCAUGACCAACGGUGCCAUCCUGCGAGUACCACCCAGUUCACCACGGAUCGGGAUGUGGCAGCCGCUCGAACGUUAUGUGAUCAACCUUUGUGCCGAAGCACUGAGUCCUAUUACAUCAAUAACCCAGGUGGAGAUCGCCGUUCGAGAGCUACGGCUAUAUGCGCGAAAGGAAGCUGUUAAUGAGCUUCCUGGCUCUCGGAAUAUCGACUUAUAUGCCCUUUUCAGAUGCCUUUCUAUUCCCAAUAUUGUUACCCUCUUCGAGUUUGUCCUACAGGAGUCUAGGAUCAUCCUGCUAUCUUCGCAUACGGCGAUGCUCCAUCUCGCCAGUGUAGCGUUAGUAAAUCUGCUCUAUCCAUUCAAAUGGGCAGGCGUCUUCAUCCCCAUACUACCCGCCCGCUUAAUCCAGACGCUUGAAGCGCCAUGUCCAUAUAUUGUUGGAAUCGAACGGAGAUACGAGCCAGUAGACUAUCCGGAGGAUGACUUCGUCCUUGUCGAUUUGGAUAAUGAUGCCGUUGGGACGAAUGGAAAUGCGCCCGUGCCGCUCCCCCGCCAGCAACGGCGAAAGCUUACAUCUUUAUUGCAGCACUCUGCACCACAUCACAUGCGAUAUGGAGUCCCAGCAGGUCCACCUGCGUACGCAAUAGAGUCGUAUCCCCACGAUUCAUUCUGUUCUGAAAAUCCUGGGGUCUUCACACAUCGAUCUCAUCCCUCCACUCUUGCUACGUACGCUGGACUGAAUUCAACUUCCUUCGGUACUGUUGUUGGACCGCCUAGCUCUCGUCCUAUAAUCUACAAUGCAUUCUUGCAUUCGAGUGCUCAGAGCCGCGGAAACGACAGGCCGUCAACAGCGUCUACCAUGAAAACCGGCAAUUACUCCCCACCAUCUCCAAAGGUUUCUCCUAUUUCUCAAGUCUUUCCUCCUCUACCCAGCACGCCUAUUUCUCGAAGCGACUCCGCUUUUGCUCUCCAAGCCAAUCUCCGUGAGAAGCGGUCUGGACAUUUCGAGACGUCGUCUCGUCGGAGCUCUUCUGGGCUUAUCAUUAACCUUCGGCAGUUUGGUUUUGAGAGGGUCCCUACAAUGAGACGACCUAGCCAGCCUUUCCUCGGUCAUACAGCGAACGCCUCGAUGUCUUCCUUGAGCCACGAGUUCCGUGCACCAUCUUCGUACGCUCCUUCAGUAUAUGCCCAAUCUACCUUGGCAGCAUCCACGAUCAUGCCCGGCAUGGCUAUGCAACCAGUUCGCAACACUGAAACGGUUCGGUGGCAAGAGGGUCACUGCUUGCAAUGGAGGUCGUUCGAAGAGAAAGCGUCUUGCUCUGUAUGCGAGGAUAAAUCGGAUGAAGGAAUUUAUCGAUGCACAGGCUGCACCACUUAUGCGCAUGGCCGUUGCGUAGGUAGCAUAUGCAUCGUAUGCCCUACUGCUUUCCGCCCUGACCAGGUUCGAGCUUCGUUCGUGCGAUGUUUUGCCAGCCUCUUGUACACCUACCGAAGGUAUUUACUUCCUGCGUCUGGCGACCGGAAGAAAUCGGGCAUGGUCUAUCGUUUCAAGAUGGAUGAAUUUAUGAAGAGUAUGCCACAUGACAAUGCAGAAUACAUUGGCAUGCUGCAGCAGACACAAGGUUUCAACGAAUUCAUUCACGAGCGUGAGACUACUCGAUCCGAUGAUCCAUCCAUCAAACUCUUCGACGAAGUCAUUCUGGCCAAGCGCAAUCGAGGGAAAGCAUCUUUCUUCCAUAAGUCGAAGGUGGACUUCUUGUCUGAUACAACUGAUCAUCUCUGGCGUACCGCCGCGGCGACUCCGCCAAGUGCUCGAUUCCCUGGUGACUAUAGGUCGAUCAUCAGCAGGAUCCCAGCCAAAUUGGAUCCGACUCUGAUGAAAGAGCCUCGGGUCAUUCAGGGCGUCCCACGAAUUCCACAAGCGAAAGCACGCCGCAAGCCUAUUCCCUCGAUGCUUGGGCAAAACCCCAAAACGCCACCUUCAUGAUAUCCUCCGCAUACACAUAUUACGAUCAAAUGUCUUAACCACGCCUCUACACCACUCUUUUUCCUGCAUGUAUUCUAUUAGCGACGGAGCCAAGGGAGUAAAAUAGGUUGGGUAGGUUCGGUCAGUCCUUGGACACAAACUUGGAUCUACAAUAGGAGACUGGGGUGGUCUGGACUAUUUUUGAAUAUCCCCCGGUUCGGUUUGCAUACUACAAUGAGACAGACGAAAGGGGAUCUGGCUUUGGUUUUCGG